GCAGUAUCGCGUCGCGCUCGCUACUCCUCGGUCCUCGACCCGGGAGGCUCGUACGUGAUACAGACCUCGACAGGUCACCGCUCAAGUGCAUCCACACCGCGAGUGAUGUGUCCCCGCUGACAUGUGCAAACGGCGAGUGAGUGUAGUGAAAUGCGCGAGAGGUGAUAGUCGCUGUUGGCCCACCAGACCUUAGCUAUGUGGACUUUCUUAAUCCCCAUAUUGGCCCUCGUCGAGCUAGGCGGUGGGGCCACUUUCGCACCCAAUAAGGAACUUCUCGAAUGCGCAAGCCAGAUCCUGUACAUGGACCAGCAGAUGUAUCAGAUCCCCACAAACUACAAUAGAAACAUUCCACCCGGAAAAAACACUACAGUAUACAUCGGCGUAAACGUCAAUCGUGUGUCUGGCGUCGAUGAGAACAAAGGGGAGAUAACACUCGACGUAUUCCUACAAGUAUCAUGGGAGGAGAAGAGACUCCACGUGCCGAAGAACUCGCCCUUCAUCGACCUUCCGUGGGAGUAUCGACAGCUGAUCUGGACCCCAGACUUAUACAUAUGGCAACUUCAGACCAUGAAGAUCUUAUCGGUGCUGCAAGAGAUGGCAUCCUUGAGGCUAUACUCCAACGGCACCGUCUCAGUCAGUAUUGGUGCUACAAUCACAAUCAAGUGCGAGAUGGACUUCGUUCUAUACCCGCUAGAUGUACAAAAUUGCGAUAUAGACUUUAGUAGUUACAAGUACACAACGCAAGAUGUGCGGUUCGAAUGGCGUGAAGUGGCGCCUUGGUUGGGACUCGGUCUAGUCGGAGAGCAUAGGAACCAGUACCGUCUACCGAAAUACGUGGUCACCUUCGCCACCGACAAAAGCGAACAUUCAGCAGCUCGUCUCCAGAUAAAGCUGUCCAGAGAGCUCCGGAGCUAUCUCUUGGAGAGCUACCUGCCGUCUUCCUUGUUCGUCAUCAUAUCUUGGGGCAGUUUUUGUGUCAUCCCGGAGAUUGUUCCCGGCCGCAUGGUGCUUCUGGUCACCACGCUACUAUCUCUAGUUACGAUGUUUGACACAGUCAGCACAAACUCUCCAGAUGCGUUAGAGCUCAAGUGCAUCGAAGUAUGGCUGAUCUCAUGUACGAUAUUCGUGUUCCUGGCACUGUUGGAGUACUUUGUGGUGUUAUUCGGCAUCCGGUACGACAAGAACUGGAGCCGACGACGGCAGGACUUACGCAGGGCUGCGUCCGCGGCGCAGUUGGCACCUCCGCCGUUACACAUUAACCAUACGCAGAGAUUGAGCACACCCGUAACAGGUACGCCUCAAGGUGGUGUCUUCUCUCCGCAACUGAGCGUCGAAGAUGAGGGCCUCAAACAGCAAUUCUCCCACCAGACAAUUCAAAGGGAUUCACCGAUAUUCGACACGAUGCCUCCGGGUGACAGGCCGGCCAAUUUCAUGGCGAGAGUAGCGGCUGUGGUGGACCGUGGCGUUAUGUUUUGUGGCGCCCAACAUGGGGCUCUGGACAGGAUCGCCCUAAUACUCUUCCCACUGUGCUUCUGUCUUUUCAACAUUAUUUAUUGGACCACGUAUCUAAGCGAAGCGGCUCAAAAUAAAUGAACGACAUUUAAAAAACGUUAUGUGAAAGUGACACUUAAUCUUAAGAAAAUAUCGCUUGAUAUGUGAUUUGAGUGCCUCAGACAAUAUUAACUUAGAUAAUUGUGAUUAUUGUAAAUAUUAGACAAUUUGCUAGUCGAUCUUACGCAUAGUUGUUUGACCCCAUAUUGUUUUUAAUAUUCAAUUUGAUAACAAUAACGUUUGUAGGUACUUUGAGUGAGAUUACGUGUACCUAAUUUAAUGUAAACUGUACUUAAAUUCGUUGAAAUUCCUAACCCAUGACCACGAUGCACAUCGAACUGUGAGACCAAAGACAAUAUAUAGGUAAAAUGAAACUGGAAAGCUCCUAUUUUAAAGAAAAAAACAUUUCUCCUUUAUCCUUAACUAUAUCAAAAUUUUAAAAUAAAGUACAUUUCAGUAUCUAUCCAAAAUGUGCCUUUUAAAUGUACUUUUAUCCAGCAUAUCUUAAACUAAACUUUGAGACUAAACAUAUCAAUGGAUGAUACAUCUACUCUCUCAACAAACUGUAAAUUUUAACAUAUCUACAUAGUUAAAUCACAAACUUUCCAAUAAUCGCUUAGUUAGUACCCUAUUUCCUAAGUGAUUGUUUGCUUAAUAUAGAUAUAAUUUUUCUAUUAAUAACAUUGUGUAAGUAUUUUACUAAGCGUAUCGCGUAAUAGUUUUUGAAACGCAAUUACAAAGUUGUUUGUAAACAAAUUCAAAAGUACCAAAGGUUCAGUCCCAUAUGAUUAUCCGACAAGGAUUAUAUUUUACAUGAGACUACGGCUCAUUAAAGAUGAAUUAAAACCUACUUAUAAUUCUCAUACUUAAGGUGCCACUAUAUUGAAGCGGAAUUACAAUUAUUUCAUGACCAUAGCUAAGCGGUGAAUGCUACAGAUUACAGAGAGAGCAAACACUACCUACUAAUUUCGAUAGACAACAUUUAUUCUUGCUUAUGUAAAUAUAGUUAACUGUAGGCCGAAAUAUUCAAACAGACCCCAUACGAACCGCAUGAUCUAACAGUAUUUGCGCAAAUAUGUGCAAAGUAUAGUCACAAAGCAUUAUUAUAUUACCCGUGACAUAAUAUGUGACGUAAACAAUGUCUGCCGACUUGGUAACUACUUUAAAAUAUUUUCCAUAAUGAAAAACAGCAUGCCUAUUCAAUUUACUGUAAUACUUACAAUACCAUUACGCGGCAUAUUAAUAAGACCAGUGCAGAGGCGGUCUUAUAGUCUACGAGAUCUGAAAUGUGCAAAAGCUUUCUAAAACUUGAUAUUUAGGUAUGUUAUAGUACUAAGGGUACUGACGAAUAAGCUUUCAGCAAAUUUUAAAACAAUUAAAUUCAAUAAUUAACUUUGCACCACCUCCACCAGAUAUUCCAGACGCACUGGAUACUGAGUGAUAUACCCUACAGUUCUUCCAAAUACUGAAAUAUCAAGUUUUAGAAAGCUCUUGCACAUAUCCGUCAUGAGCUCUCCGUUUAUUGAGGCAUUAGGCAUUGCUAUAAGGCAUCUCGCGCGUAAGAGGACCUCGUGUCUAAGGUUACCUUAGAGCGAUAGGUACCUCAGGCCUAAGAGAGCCUCGAAUCUAAGAUGGCCUAACAAAAAUUACAACUAAGUACAGUCACUUAACGGCUCCUGGUACAUUUCAUUUUCAUUUGAUUAGCUACGUAUUAGGUUACGCGCGCACUGGUGACUUUUUGUCUCAUAUCAACGUGCUUUUGCAAUAGCGCGCCUAUUUGAACGUCAAGUAAUAGCAACGUUAACGUUAACUUGUGACUAAUGACAGGACAGCGCGAUUACAGAAACCAUAGACAAAAACAAUAAGUAGCUAUGACAAAAAAUCACUGUGUGCGAUUAGUCUAAAAUUUUACAUUUUGUUUUAAACUGUUAAAGGCAGGAGCGUCACAAAUCUAAUGCUAUCACUGAUGAAUAAUAGCUUAGUGUACAUUAUUUAUUAUUAUUAAGUUAUUCUUAUAAUAAAUUGUUCAUUAAAACGUCCAUUUGAAUAAUGAUCUAAGGAUAAUGUUGUUAUUUAUAUUAUGUCUAAGACAAACUAAGAGAAUUUAUGUUAUUUAUUGAAAAUUUGUAAUAUAUAAUGUUAUCUAGUCAUAUUUUUAGAUAUAGAAAACUGUAAUUAUUUCACGGUUAAGAUACAUACAUAUUUUAUCAAUGCACAAAUUGCUUAUAGUGCACAAAUCAAUUAUACCUACCUUUAGAUUUUUUGGCAUCAAAAUCAAAGUUAUAAGCUCGUUGCAAUUAUAAACAUGUUUAAAGUAAUAUAACUAAACUAUAGAAAGUGCUUUGUUAUGAAUAUUUUGGUUAUCCUAUUGCCCGACAAAAACUUAUCUGAAUCACACAUCAGCCGAGAGCAAGUCGGCCUCCCGCACCGAGGAUUUCGUAGAUACAAGUAACAUUUUAAAAUCAUAUCAAAAGGUCCCCUAGUUUCUUAAAUAUCAAAUCUGACUUGAAAGUAAAAAAAAUGUUAUUACCGUUCUCAAAAAUAAUUUGAUAUUAUUAUACUGUGCUGUGUGACAGGCGGGUGGACGGACGGACGGACACACGAAUGCACACUAUGUAAUGUAACCCUAAAAAAUCAAAAGGAAAAUUAGAAAAGGAUCAAAUUUGACUAGUGUCUUUUCUACAUUUAAAUAAUUGCAUAUAUUUAUCUAUAUUACAUAAACACAGAAUAUAUUGUCCAAUAAUAAUGUUUUUUGAUGUCAGCUAUUAAUUCGGAUAAAUAUUUACCGGGGCCGGUUUUUGGAUAUGGAAAAUAAAAUAUGCGAUCCUAAUAAAAUAUUCCUUACCCUAUUUUCGUAGCCAAUGAUUGUGUAAUAAGCAAUAACUUUCAUGGAAUGGAAUCUUAUAAGUACUACUCGGUCGAGUUAACGUAACACCUGACUCGAACUUGAACCCCCCUCACCCCGCGCAUGCCCUCGGGACACCCCGCCGUCGCCAUUCAGUAGCGACAGUAUAACAGUAUUUGCACUAUUACAUUUUCGGCAGUAUUAUAUUUUGUCGGUAUUAAUUAAUUAAAAUUCUCUUAUUAUUAUUGGAUUUUUGUUUAAUAAAAAUGACAAUGAAAGUGGUUAUGUCUGAAAUAGAGGAAAAUAUAUAUUAAUGAUUGAGCGUAAAAAUUGAUUCAUAAUUAUUUAUUUUUACUUCCUUGCCGUCGAAAUAGAAGUAUUAAAUAAUUUUCUGAACAUUCAUUGUCAUACAUAAUUCACUAAUUGUAUUAAUCAGCAGUGAGAAAAAAAUGCAACACGUUCGAUACAAAAAUCAAUGGUUCAAAGGGCGUAUUUUUGACACAGUAACUUAUCGAUUAAAUUAUAAUAAUAAAUCUUAAAAAAAGACGAUAUUUUUGCAAAAUAUCUAGCAUAAGACGCAUUAAGCAAAAAUAGAUGCAACAUAAAAUUAAUCACGAACUUACACAACGUGCCUUUUGGUUCUCUAUGUAUCUUUUAGUUAGAACAUUGGUAUUCAUCGUUAAUUUAGGAUAAGUUAUCAAUAAAUCUAUGAAAGGACAGUAUUAAAAAUAUUACUCUCAUCAUGGAUUUAGCCACUAGCGAAUAAUGUAAAAUAAUGGAAUAAAAGACAUUAUUUUAAAUAAUC